AUGGUAGCUGGAGAAUUAUUUCUUGGGGCAUUUCUGCAGGUGCUGCUCGACAGGUUGACGCCCCGCGGUAUCCUCAACUUCGGUCGCCUACGGAUUGUCGAUAGGAAACUGAAGAAAUGGAGUGCAAUACUGUCUGCAAUUGGAGCUGUGCUGUAUGAUGCGGAAGAGAAACAGCUCACAAGUGAGGCAAUCAGACUGUGGCUGGAUGAUCUCAAAGACCUGGCUUAUGAUGUGGAAGACAUAUUGGACAGAUUCUCCAUUCAGACGUUACGACGCAAGGUCAAGCAGCGACAUGGAACUCGAGCGAGCAAGGUACGGAGCCUAAUUCCUAAAGCUAAAUUCAACUUUUGUAUGAACAUGAAAAUGAAGGAGAUUACGGAUAGACUGGUAGAGAUAUCUGAACGGAAGGACCAGCUUCGCUUGAACGAUACUGGAACUUCGGCAUACACUACUAAGGCAUAUAGAGUGCCUCCCAGUUCUUGUCAACCAGAUGGACCUGUUAUCGGAAGGGAUGAAGACAAAAUGAAGAUGGUCGAGUUGCUGUCAAUAUCCGAGCCUUGUACCAGCAACUUUCAUGUAGUUUCCAUUCUUGGCAUGGCGGGGAUCGGAAAGACAACACUUGCAGGACAUGUAUUCAACGAUGAUGCCAUGGAACAGUUCGAUCUUAAGGUAUGGGUGUAUGUGUCGGAUGACUUCAACAUCGUAAGAGUGACAAAGGCAAUUCUUGAAUCGAUCACAUCCGAGCACUGUAAGUUGAAGGAGUUCAGUAAAGUUCAGGACAAUCUGAGUAAGGAAUUAGCUGGUAAGAAGUUUCUGAUUGUCUUGGACGAUGUUUGGAGCACAUGUGACUAUGAUAUGUGGACGAAGUUGCAGUCCCCAUUUCGGGUUGGAGCACUGGGAAGCAAGGUGCUUGUGACAACACGUCAUGAAACAGUUGCGAAAAUUAUGGGAGCCAUUCAAGUUCAUAAUUUGAAUUAUAUAUCAAAUGAUGAUUGCUGGCAAGUGUUUGAACAGCAUUCAUUCUUGGACAUUAACAAUGGCAGACCGCGCAAUUUUGAGUUACUUCGGGAGAAAAUCCUUGCAAAAUGCAAUGGAUUGCCUCUGGCUGCGAGAACUCUUGGUGGACUUUUACGGUGUAAAGGAAUGGGCGAAUGGCAAGGAAUAUUAGACAGCAAAAUAUGGAGUCUAUCAGAUAAGAGUGGCAUUCUCCCAGUACUGAAAUUGAGCUAUCACUCUCUCCCUUCAAACCUUAAAAGAUGCUUUGCCUAUUGCUCAAUACUUCCCAAUGACUACGAAUUUAGUGAGAAGCAGUUGAUCCUCCUGUGGAUGGCAGAGGGUUUGAUUCAGCAUUCGGAAGAAGGUAGACAAAUGGAAGAUCUGGGUGGAGAGUAUUUUCAGGAGCUUUUAUCCAGGUCAUUGUUUCAGAAAUCGAACAAAAGCAAUUCAAAAUAUGUAAUGCAUGACCUCAUUAGUGAACUUGCACGGUGGGCUGCAGGAAAAGUAUGUUUUAGAUUGGAGGAUAACGUGGAUAAGAGCAUGCAACAGCUCAGAUGUACUCCAAAAGCUCGUCAUUCUUCUUACAUUUCUGGAGAGUUUGAUGGGGCUCAAAAAUUUGGCACCUUUUUCUCGGCUAAACACCUGCGGACUUUCCUACCGUUUACACUUUCAGAAAACCCCCAGAAUUAUGUGACUUGUAAGGUUACUCUUGAUUUAUUGCCAAAAUUGCAAUACUUACGGGUCUUCUCAAUGAACAGCUAUCAAAUAACUGAGCUACCAAAUUCGAUUGGUAAACUGAAGUUUCUACGCUACCUUGAUGUUUCUCACACACUGAUAACACGGUUACCUGAAUCAACAAGCACACUUUGUAACUUACAGGUAUUGCUAUUAGAGAAUUGUUCACGUUUGGAGGUACUGCCCAUAAACAUGAGGAAUUUGAUUAAUUUGCGUCAUCUCAACAAUUCAAAUGUACCUUCUCUGAAAGGGAUGCCUCUGCAACUAGGGCGGUUGACUAAUCUGCAGACACUAGCCAAUUUUGCCGUGGGUAAAGGUAGCGCGUCAAGGUUGAUGGACAUAGGGCCCCUAUUGCAUCUUCGGGGGACAUUACACCUCUCAAGAUUGGAGAAUGUGACUGAAGUUGAAGAUGCAAGGAGGGCUGACUUAAUUAGCAAGGAAGGGAUUGAUUUCUUGCUACUACAAUGGUCAGAAGGGAGUGGCACAAGAGAAAUGGAGGCAGAUGUUCUUGACAUGCUACAAGCUCAUAGAAAUCUCAAGGAACUCACCAUCAGGGGAUAUAGUGGUGUGAAGAUUUCUACUUUGGUGGGAAAUCCUUCGUUCACUAAUAUUGUAGUUGUACGCUUACAAGAUUGCUGUAACUGCAAAUUCUUGCCACCACUUGGACAAUUGCCUUCUCUGAAAGAGAUUUCUAUAAAAGGAAUGUCUGAAGUAGAAAAUGUGGGUUCCGAGUUUUAUGGAGAGGAACAUUUCUUCAACAUUUCUUCAUUAGAAAAUCUUGUGAUUCGCGAAUGCGAUCAGUUGGUGGUUUCAGUUGCCAACUACAGAGAACUUUGCACGUUGUGCGUCCACAGUUGUAAAGGCUUGGUGUAUCAGAGUGCGGUUGAGUUUCAGUUGCUAGAUUUGGAAAUAACUGGUUGUGCAGAGCUGACACCGUCGUUGCAGAGUGAGGAUACAUUACUGCAACACUUUACUUCUCUUCACCGUUUGACAAUUGAAGGUAAUUCUCACCUAGUUCAAUUGCAUCACCUGACAUCACUUCAAGAACUUCACAUUGACAAAUGGCCAAGCCUAGUUUCUUUUCCAGAAGUUGACUUGCCGCCUUCUCUUAAGGAAAUAAAGAUUCGAGGUUGUGAUUCUCUCACGCAUUUUGCAAGAUAUCGUCUACCCCCAAGUUUAAGAAGAAUAGAGAUAAACAGAUGCCAAAAUUUGAAAUCAUUAGUGGAGGACAGAGAUGGUUCUGCAUCAUCAUCUUCUUCUCCUUGUUUGACACAAAAUGAGGAAUCUUGUCUUGAAUACUUGAGCAUAUGGAGUUGUCCAUCUCUGACGUCCUUGUCAUCUAGAAUCCAGCUGCCCAAGGCGCUUAAGCACCUUCAGAUACACACUUGUAAACAACUGGAGUUCAUAACUGACACGUUCGACCACAACACUCAUCUUGAAUACAUUCAUAUCUGGUAUUGCCCAAAUCUUAAAUCUUUACCAGAAGGCCUUUGCUACCUUCCCAAUCUUCAGAAGUUGAGUAUUUAUGGUUGUAGAAGUCUUGUUUCGUUCCAGCGGGGAGGAUUUGAGAUAAUCGCUUCCAAUUUGAGAGAGAUUGACAUCACUAAUUGUGAUAAACUGGAGGCCUUACCCAAAGGCAUGCACAACCUCAACUCUCUCGAGAUAUUAAGAAUCCCUUAUUGUGAUGGUUUCAUGUCCUUUCUAGGAGAGGGCUUUCCCCCUAACCUAAUAUCACUUAAAAUUCUGAAUCUCAAGAGUUGCGAGCCACUCUUCCAAUGUGGUUUGCACAGACUAACCUCUCUCAGAGAGUUGUGGAUCAGCGGUGAAGAUCCAGAUCUAGUCUUCUUUCCACCUACGGAGAUGGUGCUCCCCAAAUCUCUCAUUAAACUCAUCGUUGAAGACUUCCCACAUCUCCGGUACCUGUCCAGCAAGGGCUUUCAGUUCCUCACAUCUCUUAAAUCUCUUUACAUCUGGACUUGUCCCAAGCUAGAAUCCAUUCCAUAUGAGGGCCAGCUUGUUCCACUGACACAACUUAGUAUCCGUCAUUGUCCUCUGCUAGAAGCGAGAUGCAAACCAGAUAAAGGUCGAUAUUGGCGCUCCAUAGCUCAUGUCCCUUACAUAUGGUUGGGAGACAAGAGGAUCCUAGCUCCCUGAUAAAAAAUGAUACAAGAGGAAACAUUCAAGCCUACUAUUCUCAUACUCCGUUCCAGGCAUAUUUGCUUUCAGAGGUUCGGUAUAUUCAGACGCUGUUAUCACUGGAGAAAUUCAAUGUCUGUCAGGUUUUAAGAUCCCCUACAUAAAACGUUCGAGGCUUCCCGAAAAUGUCUUGUCAAGAAACCCGUAUUUCUAUCAAUGAGAAGAAGAGAUGGGGGUUGUGCAUCCACAAGUGCAUAUUGCCAUAUUCAAGUGGCUGCGAAACAUUAUCUCUUCUUGAUUUCUGCACUUAAAGGAGCUUUCUAAUGCAUCUAUUGUUUAACAUGUAUAAUGUAGCAGAAAGGAUGACCGCAAAGUUAUCUUUGUUACAAUGGCGAAGAUUUCUACAGGCGAAAUUGCUCCCGAAUAUGAAGUUUCUGCUGAACAAUAUAGCUCCAGAAGAUGCUAUCGGUGUGCUCUUGACUCUCUACGAUCUACGACAAUUUGUAGAUAGAGAAUAUUAUUUAUAGUUUGCUUUGAGCUGCUGCUCCUGCUUACUGAAGGUACUGCGUUACCUAAUUUUCGCGUGUUUCAAGGUCCUGCUUAAGGCCUAUUCGAUGGUCCUUUAAGAUCAUAAUUGGACCAUCUGUGUGUGCAUAUUUCUUAAUUUCUUUUGUAUCAUCGCUGAACGCUCGUAUUGAUGCGAAGCUGCUAAUGAAACGCAGAGUUUGAAGACUGUAAGAUUUCUUACAAGAAGAAAUCGAUUAACAUAGUUGAAGGAGAAGACGAGGCGUUGUUGGGUUUAUUGAGAAAACAAUGAAAUUUCUCUUACAUUAGCGA